GCAUCUUCAGUACGUACAAUCUGCCAUUCCCUAAAGCGCGCCCCGUCACUCUUUCGGUUUCUGGUCGGCUUUUGUGUAGUUCUCCCUUUAUGUCUCGUAAAUAUCAAAGUUGAGAAUGGAAAAACCUCACCUGAUUACUUACCUCUAUACUAGAGCAAUUCGUUUUUCUGGUUCUCGCAAGUCACCGAGUUGGUUGGGUGAAAAGUGUCGCAACUCCUUCUCUACAGCACCUUGGGUGCAAGAUACCGCCAAUGAUGAAUAUUUGACUUUUCCUAGAGAGACCGAAAGAAAUCAAUAUGCUGUAAACUGGGCUUUAGCAAAGAUGGGUAUACCUCCAAAAGGUCAAGUUUUUUACAACACAUCGGCUAGAACCAUUGUCGCCAACUCUCCUGGAAAGCUAUCAAGUCGAGAAAAACACUUCCUUGUUCCAAAUGAAACUACUGAUUGUCAGCAGUUUAUUUUGGGGAAAAACUUGAAACCUAGAGAAUAUGCAAAGGCACUGAAAGCUGUUACGAAUAGCCUUUCACAAGCGAAUAGUUUGUUUGUAUUAGAUGGCGCCAUUGGAUCGCACCCUCAAACAGAAGUCCGAAUAAGAACAGUAACAGACAGUCCUUCUGUUGCACUCUUUCUUCAUCAUAUGUUGGAGCCUAUUCCCAUGAGGCCUAUAUCGCAGUUGAAUGUUCAACUUUACAGUUAUAUUCAUACGAAUCAUUUGGCAACAUCAGGAAUAUUUUCCUCUCCGUGUUCUCUUUUAGCUACUGAUCGAGGUCAGUGGAUUAUGGAUGGUUCAAGCAGUUUAUAUCCUUUGCUUUCAUCUUUGGCACAAAUGGCUUCCCAACCUCUUUACCAGACAAGUGGAGCGUUUAUUUUGAAAAGUGUUUUGAAGAAUAGACGAUUGAUUUUGGGUCGUUUUGAAAACCCUACUAGUGGAAGUGUGGAGCCUGGAUGGAGCGACUAUGGUUAUUAUCAUCACAUUCUAAGUAAUCAAGGAUGUUGUAGAACUUGGAAGGGAUAUAUUUUGUCCAAUGAAGAAGCAAAGAAACAUUCUGUAGAAUAUGCGAUAUCAUUAUCUGGCAAAUAUGUAGCUCAGUGUCUUUCACCGAGACCUCCCAACCUCAUUUCCUUACCUCGAUAUUGCGUCAUAGUCAAUACGCACCAGAACAAAGGACCUUUGGAAGUUUUCUCCUUGACAGAUGAUUCAGCUGCUUUGACUUUUUUGGUAGCAAGUGAGUCAUUGGUUACUCAAGGGGCAAUACAACAACAUGCACAAUCCUUUUUAUCACUUUUGCGACAACAUCAAAUACCUCUUUAUCUUGUUUCUGGAGAAGGUGCAUGGCAACAAGCAGCUAUGAUAGAUUUUACAAACAAGACAGGUAAAGAGCAGCAAGUAAAUACCAAAAUGUUGGAUGCUGCUAGGAAGUAUGCACAACAAGUUUAUGGCAAUGAAGUUUUCGACAUCUCCAACCAAGAACAGAACAAAUCUCAAUCCAAUAAAUAGAUGAUGGCUAUUGUUGUUGUGAAAUCGAACAAGUUGGAUGAUUUGCACAUGUUGUGGUUUUCAUGCUUCCACAGUUUCAUAUAUAUCAAUAGUUGACAGUGGAUCUUUAAUAAUA